AUGACAAGUAUUAAAUACACACUAAGGUUUUUAAUCUGGUUAAUCAUUUACGUUAUUCCCACUAUGUCCUUAUUUAACAACACCAAAUUUGAAAGCGGACAAGACCUGUCAUUUCUCCAACAUAUUACAGAGUUUGCUCAUUGGGAAAAGCAAAAUCUAUAUCAACGUCCAGUAGGUCCACCAAAACCACAGCUUAAAUCCAUCAAUUUAAAUAAGACUGAAUCCUUCAAUUCAUCAUUUACUUUGCCAAUUGUCAAACAAUUCUUUAAUAGUUCAAAAUUAGUUAAUACUUCUAUUUUUGAACAAACUUCAAGAUUUCGUGGAGACAAGAAAGCUCCUCAUUGGACUGUGAGUACAGGCUUGUUUGCUGAUAAACUGAAGGAAUGGAAUGAAGAAGAAGAAGAAUGUUUUAUGCCAAUCAAAGAGAUUCCCCAACGACGUCCAAAAAAGUACAAACCAAGAAAAAAAUAUGUACGUCCAGUACCGCCUCCACGGCCUCAAAAAUGGUCAAGACCGAAUUAUUGGAGUUUUACAAGUGAAGAGGAUAGUUUUUCCGAUUGGUGGUCAAGUGACUGUAGUGAAAGCGAUUGGUCGAGUGAUGAUGGAGGAAAAUUAUGGUUUUUGGGAAUGAAUGUUGCUCAAGAAAAGUCCGAGACAACACAAAUUUCAAUAAUUCCUUCCAGGAAAUUGGUUACUAGAGUAAAUGAACAAUUUUAUAACACAUACAGAAGUAAUUUUUCAAAUAAUGAUAUUAAGAAACGGAAUCUAGAUGAUAGCUAUGACGAGUAUUUUGGGUUUGAUAACGAGAUUCAAUCUCGUAUAACAAAUAACCUUCUGAAAAAGUACGUUGAAUCUAAUGUACUCAAUUCCAAAUCUACUCAAAAUAAAAUAUUAAGUAAGUGGAAAUUAAAAUUAUUGGUUUGUCUUUUUGCAUUACAUACUUUGUAUUAUUCUUAA